UAAUGUCUAAGUCAGAUAAUUAAAUUGUUAAUCCAUCAGGGUGUUUCAUAUUUCUUUAAGCCAAAAAAUUGAUAGAUCCUAUUGAUGAUGAAUAGUAUAGUGCAAUCCAAAAAACAUUCUUUUCAACUUCAAUCACUGUUGGAUUAUUUUCAUUUUUAUGGGCAAGAUUUUACGAAUUAGGAAAAUAUAAAUUAAUGAUUCCAAAUAGAUUGAUGUUCUAUGUUGUAGCAGUAGGUGCUCCUUCUAUUGCACAUGCAUUUUAUAGAACAAAUGAGCUUACUGGUUUUAUUAGUCAGAUGGACCAGAAAUAUUAUGAAUAAUAUAAAGCAUUGAGUUAAUAAUGAAUUUUAUAAAUAUAUGAUAAAAAUUGAUUUAAUUGUUAUUGGUAAUCUAGGUAUUUGAUAUAUACAAGAUGAUUAGGGUCUGGUAAGACAAGUUUAAUACAAAGAUUCAUUGACUGUAAGAUUUAAUAUAUAAUUUAGAGGAUGCUCCAUUUUAACAUAAUUAUCUUCCAACACUUGGCUUAAAUCUAGUCAAGAAAGAAUUCAUCCAUUAAGGAUAGUAAAUUAAAUUAUGCAUAUGGGAUACAGCUGGAUAAGAUAAAUAUUUUAGUCUAACAAAAAGUAGGUCUAUUUUAUAAAUAAUAAGGUUAUUUUUAAAAAGCUGAUGGAGUCAUUAUGGUAUUUGAUAUUGCAGAUAAAGACAGUUUUAAUCGUAUUAGUGAUUAUUGGAUUAAAUAAGUUUAAGAAUGUUCUAAAGCAAACUCUUAAUCUAUUUUGGUUGGUAAUAAAAUAGAUUUGUGUGAAGUACAAAAUGUUCAAUAAUUAGAAACGAUAAGUUAAAUUCCUAGAAGCUUAGGAAUUCUCAUAGAAAUACAAAUUGCCUUAUUUUGAAGUCAGGUUUCAUUUAAUAAUUAAGGAAGUGCAAAGACAGGAGAUGGAGUUCAAGAGGCAUUUAAUUUUCUAUCGCGAAAAUGUACAGAAUGUAUAGAAACAGAAGUGAAUGAAGUUUAACAUUUAUAAAUUGAUUCUGAAAAUAGACCUAAAGGAUUUUAAGGAUGUGUUAACACUAUUAUGGUAUUUAUACAAUUUAUAAUAGAGUAUUUGGAAGAAAUGA